CUCAUAUCUUGUCAGGGGUCUUUUGCCCUGUCUCUCUGUGUCUCUUCUCUCUCUCGCUCUUUCUCUCUUAUAAUACCUCGACGGGCCCUUGCUCUGACUUGUCAUUGUCUUGUUCCAUUCCCUUUCUGGGACUUUUUGUAUUUCUUAUUCCAAGUCUCAUUGUUUUUUGGUUUUUUUUCAUCAGUUUAUUAUUUGCAGGAGAGUCCUUGGAGGUAACUUAGUUGGUCUUUGUGGGCUCUUUUUUUGGACUUGAAAAGAAGUCUUCUCACCAUGCGAGGUCUCCUCGAGGCCGGUGCCAUCUUACUGGCACCGGCUCUGGUAGGGGCUGUUUCAUUGGAAGAGGACACGAUCCCAAGCGCUUUCAUCACCCUUCACCUGCCUGCGUCGGAGGACAUCGCGACGACACAAGACCUGGUGUUCCGUCUCGAUAUUCACGAAUCCACUGAGGCUUGUGGCUACGGCAAUGUGUCCAUCAACGGCCAGGCCCUACCUGAAGGUGGCAGUGGCUCAUUCACUGUCGAUGACGAUCGUGUCAUCGAUGCCACCUGGAACCUGACCUGCGUCGCCUGGAAUGAUGUUCCUCAGGAGCAGCUGCUGAACCUGAACGUCCAGUCCGUCAACGGCCAGCCUGUCGAGGAUGUCGGCCUGACUCUGCGGUUCCAGCAGGUCGCCCCCGUCUGGAUCUCAGAUGUCGAAGGCUCGGCAUCCAUGACCCGCGUCCACUCCAUCGAGCAGGGAAGGCCUGGCUGCGGCGGCGACGACGACGAGGAAGUGAAUGUCGAGGCCGAGAUUGCUGAGCUGGAUUAUCUGAGGUGGCAGAUGGACGAGAUGGCCAAGAUGAUCAGGUUCAAGGAGCACCGUCUUGCCAAGGCCCUGGGAAAGCCUCACCCCCAUGGACCCCGUCCCAUGCUCCAGCACUGCGACUCCAUCAAGUGUGUCAUCAGCGCCCUGUACCACAAGGCCAAGGACACUGCAUCCUCCAUCUACGGCGGAGACUAUUUCCCAGGACACCACGAGAUGAGGCCCCACGGCAAGCUGUCUGGCCCCAGACACCACAAGCACCCACACGCCGAGGGACACUCGCGUCAUGGUGGUGAGGCCCACGCACACGGCGACCACUCGCAGUUCCCGCACUUUGGUGGCCAUCACAACAGCACCCGCAACGGAACACACCCGCACCCGCCUCACUUUGCCCACCCGCCUCCGUUCUGCAAGUGUGGGCCCCAGUUCCCUCACCAUGCUCCUGGACCACAUGGAGGACCACAUGAAGGACCACAUGGAGGACCGCCACAUGGGCCUCCUCCUUCGGGUGCUUUCUCUCAUCAUAAGCAUCACCCUGAGGGUCCUGAGCACAUGCACGAGCAUCAUGAAUUCGACCACGAAGGCCCCUCCCGACCAUUCCACCACGACGAUCAUCACGCCUCUGGACAUCACGACGCUGACGCUCGUCCUCACCACUGGAACCCUUCCCAGGAGGGCCACAAGGAGGGCCACAAGGAGGGCCACAAGAAGCCCACGGGAGAGGGCAAGCCAAAGCCCUUCGGAGACCACGCCCACGAUGGCCCCAAAGAUGUACACGUCGACGAUGAGAUGAGGAAGGAGGAGAGACCAGAGGCGGCGGAUGAGGGUGCACCCAACUUCUCCGAGCAGCCAACAGAGGCUGAGCUUCGACGGGACCCGUACUACGAGGAAAACCACCCACCUCACCAGGGGCCUGAGGACGGCCCUCAUGACGGCCCUCACAAGCACGACGGUCCCGAGGACCACGCGCAGGCGGCACCACCGCCUCCUCCAUUCGAUCACGACGGUCCUCCUUUCGAGCACGACGGCCCUCCCUCUGAGCAUCACGGCGGCCCUCCCUCUGAGCACCAUGACCGUCCUCCCUUCGAGCACGAUGGCCCGCCGCCUUUCGAGCACGACGGUCCGUUCGGCCACAAGGGAGGCCCACCCAGCCACCACCAUGGCGGACCCCCCCACGGCCUAAUCCUCAUGCACGUCGCCUCCGUCGCCGCCUCCGUCGUCCUCCUGGGCAUCUUCAUCCGCGUCCUCCACCAGCGCUGCGCCGCUCGCCGCAGCGCCCGCGAGGCCGCCCUCCCCUCGUCGCACCGCCGCCGCAGGAGCUACUCGGACGCCCCCUGGUACAAGAAGAUCAUCUUCGGCCCGCGCUACUACGAGCGCCUCGACCAGGAGGAGAAGGAGGCCAUGCUGCGCGACUGCGACUCCGACUGCACCUCGGUCGAGGGUGACGAGGACCUCGUGGCCCGCGACAUCUCCACCUUUCGCACCGCCGCCGAUGUCGUCGGCGAGAUGGUCGCCGUCGAGGACGCCCGCGUCAUGAGGGCCGCCGCCGCCGCUGCGCCCUACCCCGCCCCCGCGUCGUCCUACAGCCCCUCGCCCGCCCACUCGAGGCACACCAGCAGCAGUGCCCAGAUGGCUUCCACCGUCCUGCCCCUCCCCAUCACCAUCCCUCACCCUCACCUUCACCACAGCCACGCCGCCGCCGCCGCCGCCGCCGCCGCCAUGUUCCCUCCCAGCCCUCUCCCCCACCACCACGACGAGGAGGUCCUCCCCGCGUACCAGGAGGCAGAACGUGGCGACGAUGACGACGCCAGCGACGUCGCAUCAAGCCUCAUGGCCGAUGGCUACCGCCCUGGUUGUUCCGGCACAUACACGCCCUCCGAAUCUGGUGGGUCGCAGGGCGCUGGUAACAUUCUGGGAGACACAAAGAACUGAAUGUGUGAGAAGAGAGGACAGAGAGAGAGAGAGAGAGAGGAUGGACAGGGACUUGUCUAUAUGCAUGGCGCGCGCGUUGAGAUACCCUGUUGAGAUCGAGAUGUAGUACUUUCUUUUCUUUUUCACACACACACACACACACACACACACACACACACACACACACUUUUUACACUUAUAUUGUGCGUAGAAGCAAGAUGGGUCUUCUCUCUGGAACCCUCUUUAUUAUUUCUUUUGUCUUAUUGUUCGAGGAAGACUAGUUUCCUUAUCUAGCUGUACGAUAUUCAAGUGCAAAGUUUUAUAUGC